UCGUGCAUAAGAGGUCAUCGGGUAAAGAAAUGCGAUCACAAAGAUCGUCCACUCAUAGCCAUUGUAAAAAGGGGGAGACAAGUGAGCCAAUGCAACCACUGUCGGGUAUUAAGAAAAACAAAUGGAUCCCAUGUGAAGUGCACUUGUGCC